CGAAGCAUGUAUGAAUACGUUUAGAAUUCCGAAGCAUCAAAACCGGAGCCUCAAAUCGAAAGCGCUCCACAUACCGACCCGAACGGAAAACAAAUUCUUUCUAUCGAUAAACCCGUGAAUCCCUAAAAUCCCUAAAAAAAUCGAAACUAACGAUGGCGGCGAUGGCGGAAGCCACGGCGGAGUCACAGAACACGAUACUCCCGGAGGAUCUGAUUAUCGAAAUCCUUUCUAGAUUUGAACCAAGCGAUUAUCUGCAAUUGAGGUGCGUAUGCAAGUGGUGGAAAUCACUUGUUCUUGAUCGUUAUUUUUUGGAGAAGCACAUUCGGAUAUCGGUAACUGAAAUCAUGUAUCUAGUUUGUAAUGCCGUAAAACGAUUAAAGCCUUUCGAGUUGCAUCGAAAAGAAGAAGAAGAUGAAGAAGCAGUAGAAGAAGAAGACUUUGAUGAUGACGAAGAAGAUUUUGAUGAUGAUGAAGAAGUAGUAGAAGAAGAAGAUUUUGAUGAAGAAGAAGAAGACGUCGAUGGUGCUGGUUCGGAAGAAGAGAAAGAAUCGGCGUGGAAAGUAGUUAUUGAGUUUCUCCGGCAGAAGGAGGCAGUUCCGUUGGAUAAUUUUUUGAAGAUUUUGAGGGGUAUCAAAGAGCAAUAUGAAAGUAUCAGAGAUGAUAUGCAAAUAGCGGAGGAUAUAGUGAAAUGUCUCCAAAACAUUCUGCAGGUCCGUUUAUCUCAAGUCAUGAAUCAGUCAACAAUUCUAUUUUGAAGAUUUAGAAAUGGAAAGGUCUAAGAAAAAUGCAAGACUAUUUAUAGAGUUUGUCACAUUAAUAAGGAUGGGUGUAUGGACCAAACCUGAAUUGGAACUUCUAAAGAAAAGGUUUGUGGUAGAAAUGAUAAAGUGGAUUGGUGAAGUGGGUUUAGAGCAAAAAUUGGAAUCAUUAUGGCAAAUUUUGCUGAAUGGGGAGGAAUCAUUCAUAGUUUUUAGUUGGUAUGUGAAGCAGGCUGGCCAAAGAUUAUCCUUGAGAUGGACAAUGUUGGUAUUGAUAUUGCUAUCAACAAAAUAUUCCUUGUAUUAACUACUAGUAUAAUUUCCUGUCCAAAUCACCAAAUAUUGAAGAUAAAUUGGAUCGUUAGAACAAUUCAAAUUGAUAGAUCCCAUAAUGAAUUGCAAAUUUCGCAGCUUCUUGGAGUUUGGACAACCGCUUGAGACAUUAUAUAAACCAAAAUUCUGCACUUGUUCUUUA